AUGAAGAGAAACCAAAAUGAAAAUUCAGCUCGAAGUACAGCAGGCUGUUUGCCUGUGCCAUUGUUCAAUCAGAAAAAGAGGAACAGACAGCCUUUAACUUCUAAUCCACUUCAGAAUGAUCCAGGUAUCAGUACUGUUUCUGACAGUUACAGUUCCUCUUCUCUACCAACAGGUUGGGAGUGGGAAGCUGUGAAUCCAGAGGUGACACCUUUAAAGAAAACAAUGAAUACAGGGCAAAUACCAGCUUCUGCUUCUUAUCCCCCGAGAAGUCAAGAUUAUGCAUCUAAAUCUAUUCAGUCAAAUGUUGAAAGAAGCCAAAGUGGUUGGGGCUACAAAGGUGACAACAGAAAUGCCAGCUUGAGAACUUGGGAUAAAAAUGAUUUCAAACCCCAGCGUAAAACAGCAAGCCCAGCAGCAAGCAGUGAAUUCAGUUCUUGUCCAGUGAAUUUGGGAGCACAGCGACAAAGGCAGUUAGGAACACUUGAAUUUCCUAACUUACCUGAACACAAAGAAAAUGAAGUACUCAGACAGACAUGUUCAUCAAAACUUCCUGACUCUGCAGUGAAAGGCCCAGACAGAGCCAGUGCACUGCAGGCAUUUAAACCGAGUUUUCAACAAAGUCCAUUUAAGAAAACAGUGUUGGGUGACAUUCCAGGAGAAAAGACUCCGAAGGAAGACCCCUUGCAUGCGUUGAAGGAAAAAGAUAAUUCUUUAAGAAUUAUUUCUGCAGUCAUUGAAAGCAUGAAAUACUGGUGUGCACAAGUGCACAAAACUGUACUUCUUUUUGAAGUAUUGGCUGUCCUGGAUUCAGCUGUCACACCUGGCCCACAUUAUUCAAAGACUUUUCUUAUGAGAGAUGGGAAAAAUAUUCUUCCAUGUGUAUUUUAUGAAAUUGAUCGUGAACUUCCAAGACUGAUUAGAGGCCGAGUUCACAGGUGUGUUGGACACUACAACCCAGACAAAAACAUUUUCAAGUGUGUUUCUGUCAGACCAGCAUCUACUUCAGAACAAAAGACUUUGCAGGCAUUUGUUACAAUUGCCGAUGCUGAGAUGAAGUAUCACACCAGAGUAAUGAAUGAAAUGUAA